UUCUCUUCCGCAUUAUUUUAAGCAGGGGAGGGUUUACCUGGCGCUCGAGUAGUUUUGUGGCCAUGUCGUGCUUAGCCGUCUCGAGCGAAGAAAUCACACAGCAGGAGGGAGCGCCCAAGGCUCGCAGCUCUCACGCGGUGGCUGUGGUGGGAUCCAAGGCCUAUGUGUUUGGCGGCGAGUUUGAGCCUCGCGUUCCCAUCGAUAACAAGGUCCAUGUCUUUGAUCUUCGCCAGAGGAGCUGGGCGGUGGCGGAGUUGCGAGGAGAAAUCCCCAGCGCCAGAGUUGGCGUCGCAAUGGCCGCCGCUGGCAACACCAUCUUCGUGUUUGGAGGUCGGGACGAGCAGCACCAGGAACUUAACGAGUUCUUCUCGUUUGAUACCGUGACCGGGGAGUGGAGGCUCUUGUCAGCCGAAGAGACGAGUCCUCCUCACAGGUUUGCAUAUCUUUUCUUUUCUCGAUUCAAGUUUUCACCACUUCUCGCUCGAUUGCCUGCCAGGAGCUAUCACACUUUAGCGGCGGACAAACAAGGCAAAAACAUCUAUACCUUUGGAGGUUGCGGAAAAGCUGGCCGUUUGAACGAUCUAUGGGUGUUUAACAUCGAGUCGAGCACCUGGAAGAAACUCCCGGAGUCGUCGACCCUGACACCGAGAGGAGGUCCUGGCUUGGCAGUCGUCAAUGGAGCUGUGUGGGUCAUCUUCGGCUUCUGCGGGGACGAGCUAACAGACGUCCAUCGUUUCGACAUCGCGAGCCAGACCUGGGAAGAAGUUCAGGUUUCUUGCUCUUCUUUGCAGAAGCCGAUCGGCCGGAGCGUCUUUGGAACUUCGUGCGUUGGAAACAAGAUCUUCCUCUACGGUGGCGAAGUGGAUCCGAGUGACUUGGGACACCUUGGAGCUGGAGCGUUCACCGACGAGCUGCUAGUACUUGACACGGAGAAGCUGGCGUGGGAGAAGCCGAGACUGGAAGGGAAGCAUCCUGGAGCCAGAGGAUGGUAUGCUGCGGCUGGAUUCGAGAAUUCGAUGCUUGUUUACGGAGGGAACUCGGCAACGAACGAUCGGCUGGAUGACAUGUUUCUUCUUUCCGUCCGAGCGUGAUAGUUCUGGUUUGUUGGUUGUGAAUAAUGAAGUUUCGUUUGCUGUUGCUUUGCUUGA